AUGACGGAUAAGAUCGCUGAGGCCGAGGCGCCUCACAACAACUUCGACACCAUCCUCGUUCUGGACUUUGGCAGCCAGACGAGUCACCUUAUCCUUCGCCGUCUGCGAAGCCUUAAGGUGUAUGCUGAGAUGCUGCCAUGCAACACGAAGUUGGAAGAUUUGCCCUUUAAGCCGAAGGGUAUCGUGCUUUCCGGAGGACCCUCAUCUGUUUACGACCAGGGCGCGCCUCACGUUGAUCCUGCUGUCUUUGAUCUUGGUGUCCCAAUCCUGGGUAUUUGCUACGGUUGCCAGGUAAUAUCCCCUCGUAAGACUCAUAGCAAAAUUGCCUGGAGAAUCGAUUCUAGCAAUGUCGCUCGUGGACAGAUCCGAGAGUACGGCCACGCCGAUGUCAACGUUCACGCUACAGGAAAUGCCCAUCUCGAUAGCCUCUUCGCUGGCAUCGGAGAGUCCAUGCAUGCUUACAUGAGCCACUUUGACAAGCUUGUCAAGCUGCCUGCUGGUUUUGUCGUUGUCGCAAGCACCAAGAACUCUGAAUACGCCGGUAUCGCCCACGAGACGAAGCCAAUCUACGGCGUGCAAUUCCACCCUGAGCUGGAGCACACUCCUCGUGGCACUGAGAUUCUGCGCAACUUCGCCGUCAACAUUUGCGGUGCGCAAACCAACUGGGUCAUGAGCAACUUUAUCCAAAAUGAGAUUGUCCGCAUCAGAAACCUCGUCGGCGAUCGCGCACAGGUCAUCGGAGCUGUUUCCGGUGGUGUGGACAGCACAGUUACUGCCAAGCUGAUGACUGAGGCCAUUGGAAACCGUUUCCAUGCCAUUCUGGUCGACAACGGAGUUAUGCGUCUCAACGAAUGCGAACAGGUCAAGGAGACUCUUGACAAGCAUCUUGGAAUCAACUUGACGGUGGUUGAUGGAGCCGAACUGUUCCUCAGCCGUCUGGCAGGCGUUAAGAGCCCCGAAGAGAAGCGCAAGAUUAUUGGAAAGACCUUCAUCGAUCUGUUCCAGCAGGAAGCUACUCGUAUUGAGAAGGAAGCUGCCGACAACCAGCCUGUUGAAUGGCUUGUCCAGGGAACUGUGAGUGAACCCGGAUUUAUUGAGUCAGUUUCUUGGAAAGGACCGAGUGCCACGAUCAAGACUCAUCACAACGUGGGAGGCUUGCCCGACACGCUCAAGCUGAAACUUAUUGAGCCUCUGAGAGAACUGUUCAAGGAUGAGUGCCGCGGUUUUGGCCAAGAGCUGGGCAUCGACCGAAGCCUUGUUAUGCGUCACCCGUUCCCUGGUCCCGGUAUUGCCAUCCGUAUUUUGGGUGAGGUCACACCUGAGAGAGUCGCCAUUGCCCGGGCUGCGGACCACAUCUUCAUUUCCGAGAUCAAGGAAGCUGGAGUAUACGACCAGAUUUCCCAAGCAUACGUCGCCAUCAGCCAAGAUAGAGCUGUCGGAGUCCAAGGCGAUGCUAGAGUUUACGGAUAUAUUGCUAUUCUUCGUGCCGUCAAGACUCUCGACUACAUGUCAGCCGAGCCUUUCGAGUUUGAUUUCGGCUUUAUCAAGAGAGUUUCGACACGUAUUGUCAACGAGGUGGAUGGCAUUGCUCGUGUCACUUACGAUAUUACCAGCAAGCCCCCUGGUACCAUUGAGAUGGAAUAG